AUGCUUCCGCCCAGCUACCUCCAGUUCGCCGCCGCCGCUCUCAUGAUUCAUUGGCCAUCCAGAGCAUCGCCCAUGCAUGACGUCCGUCGUUUGCAACCUGGAUCUCGUCGCUGCGGAUCGCCUCGCUCAUCAACACUUGACCUUGUGGAUAAGUUUCCCUUCGUGCCGUCGUCCAACACGACACCUCUCGACGCCCUGAUGGCCCGCUUGGAGUCUGGUCCUUGAAGCUUUGCAUUGUGUGCCUGCCCAGUUAGAUUCUCUGUGCGCUCCCUUGCUAGAACCUCGCCCGACUCGCGCGCUCCCGCGCCUCUUUCCCUUUUCUCUAUCGUUUCAUCUCAUCAUUCAGACUGCUGAGAUUCGCUAGAGAACAGGUCCGUUGCAAUCGCAUCAUCGUUUCAUCUCAUCAUUCAGACUGCUGAGAUUCGCUAGAGAACAGAUCGCUCGGCUGCGCCGCGGCUGCCUCUCCAGGCCGCGUCUUCACCGCCUCGCGACUUCUCGACCGGGGAGCACUUUGCUACGUCGUCCUGCCUCGCAACCUCCCGAAACGAUCCGGUCCGUGCCGCCUCACGAUUCUCCAGCGACCCCCACGGUCCCAACUUAACAUAAAGGAGGCUCAGUGGCUGCGCAUUCGUGCGCAUGUGCCGUCAGUCGACUCGAGGGAAGGUCAAUCGGCAAGCAUUUGCACGCGCCUCAACCGCCAGAGUCGCCAGACGAGCAUUGUCUCGCUGGAGGAUGUGGAUGGCACCGAGACCGUUGACAUGCAGGAGGUGCUGGGUAUUGCUUCACGGCACGCGCAGUCGCUCUUCACGCCGGACCCAGCUCGUGGCGACCCGACGAACGCACGCCGGUCCCUGCUCGACCCUAUUCGCGCAGCGAAAUGCUACGAUGACGACCGCUCGGACCCUACGUUCGGUCGUCGGCUGCCUUGUCAAGCGAGAGUGGCGCUUGACGAGCCCUUCACCCUCCUCGAGGUUGAAGCGGCGUUGAAGAAGACGGAUUCAGGGCGAUCACCGGGGCCCUCGGGCAUUCCGUACGAGCUCUUCAAGGCGCUGCCAACCUACUUUGCUCCCAAGCUGUUGGACUUGUUCAACUCGAUUUGGGAGGGCGGCAAAAUGACGGCGUCCUUGGCAGAGGGGCUGGUGCGGCUCUUGCCCAAGAAUAAACCGGGGGCAUACCGACCGAUCACAUUGCGCGAGACGACCUACAAGGUCCUCAGCAAGGUCUUGGUGGCGCGACUCAAUGGGGUGCUCGGCGAGCUUUUGCCGCCGGCGCAACACGGUUUCAUGCCAUCAAGACGUUCAGCGGACGCGGGAAGUCAUCUCACUCUCCUUCUCGAAAAACUCAAGUUGCUAGGCACUGAUGUUUUCCCCGAGGGCGCCCUCUUGUCUUUGGAUCAGCAGAGCGCGUACGAUCGGGUCGAUCACGCCUGGAUCUUCGAGGUCUUUGAGGCCUUUGGGUUCGGUGAGCGUUUCAUCUUGCUGCUGCGCGCUCUCUACGAUCCCGAGACUCUGGGGGUGCGCUACCUUGUCAAUGGGUUCCCCACGGACUUGGUGCGGUUGCUGUGUGGUCUCGGUCAGGGGGAUCCCCUCUCGUGCCCGGUUUGGAACAUCAUGUUCCAGCCCUUCCUCGACGCCCUCGUUCGGCGCGGGAUCGCGCUCGACCUGCAGAAGGUGUGGCCAGGGGGGCCGCGUGCGCAGCUUACGCAUCUGGCGUUUGCCGACGAUGCUGUGGUGGUGGUGGAGUCACCGGCGGCAUUGUCGAAGCUGCAAACGCUGUCGCAGACGUGGUACGAGGCUACCAACGGGAAGACCAACACGGACAAGACGCUGGUGCUACCACUCGGACCGAACUGGCUUCGGGACGAGACUGCGCAGGCGCUGCCAACGGUGCAGGAGGGGGAGAGCUUCAAGUGGUGCGGCUAUGCCUUCUUUCCCCACGGUGACUCGAAACUGUUGUGGACCCAUGUUCUUGACAGGAUCAAGGCCAAGGCCCGCGCCACUCGAGACCGGACACUUUCGCCGAGUGGGAAGGUUUUCUAUGCCAACGCUCACAUCAUCUCGAUGGUCCUCCACGUGCUGUCCUUCGACAUACCGCCUCAAUGGUUCAUUAAGGCGGCGGAGACGGCACUUACGGACUUUGUCUGGGGAGGAGCAGGGCGAAAUACCGUCGCUCGCGAUUUCGUGUUCCAGGCUCGGGAGGACGGUGGCUUGGGUUUGAUUUCGAUUGGCGACAUCGUUCAUUCGGUGGCGCUUCGAUUUUGGGAUGCUGUGGUGGGCUCGGACGAGGCGAUCUGGGCGCCCCUAGCUCGCGAGAGCUGGAGAUCCCUCGUCACUGCGACCCGCGAUUUCAGUCCGUGGGGGUUCUUCAGCAGCACGGCUCGGGUCGAGAAGCUGUAUCGCGACUCGACGCGCUGGGGGGCAGUCGUUGCAGCGGCCAGGGUCACAGUUCCAACCAUCAAGUCCGAACUCCUUACGCUUCCCGAAUUGCUCUCGCUUCCGCCUCGCCUCCCUUCACUCUAUGCUGAAGGUGCCCAGCACGCAUAUGACGAUGCGGACGCGGUGGCGAAGUUUGCGCAGAUCGCGGACCUGUACUGGAGGGACGAAGGGAAGGGAUGGGCUCUGGUUGGUCAUCGACGCGGGUUCUGGCAGCACUCUAAGGAACCCGCCCUACAGCACGAGCACGUGUGGUCGCGCGUGGGUCAGUUGCUCAAGGCGAAAGCGUUGCUGCCCAAGACCGCGUUGCGACCUGCUCGGAUACCUCUCAAGGAGGCUCCCCGUCCUCGGUGCUUCAACUUCUUUGGGCUCUCCCGACCUUUUACGAUUCGCAAGCUUCGUCGGCUUGUGAACAAGGUGCGGUUCCCAGGGAGGGAGGACCGUGUCAAGCGUUUCCCUGAUGGGACUUCUCAGAGCGAUAGGAAGUGCUUCUGGAGAUGGCUUCAUGACCGGUUCGCGUCUGCUGUCGAGCAGGACACCCACUGGCGGCUCAUGUACGACAUGACGCCGACGCGCAAGAGGCAACAUACUCAGGGUCAUGCCUCUUCGCCGGCGUGUCUGUUCUGUGGCAACGAUGCAGCGGUCAUCGAGACGGUGUCCCAUUACUUUUUCGAGUGCGCGUACUCGACCAGCUUCUGGGGUGGGGUGCUACGCAUUCUGCUUGACAAGCUCGGCAUCGAGGAUACCGACGUUCACUCCGGAGCAGCUGACUAUGGGGCUCCCCCUUUUGCGGGGUCGUGGGAGAACGACCUCGAAAUGGAUGUGGGUUCGGCUGGCCUGCGCGAUCGGCUUCCAGCGGCUGCACCUGCUCCGCUGGCGCGUUCAUCAGCGGUUCGAGCUGGACAACGUCGUGGCCCCUCCCUCGCUUCCCAGUGCGCUCAGAGCGUUCGAGCGAGAUUUUCUCUCUCGAGCGGGUUUUGUGCCUGGGGUUCGAGAUUGGGAGGUGUGAUGACCGAGUUAAGUCCUUCCUUCCCAUUUUCCUCCCUUCCUUUUCGGUCAGAAGCUGACUGUCUUGAAACUUGUUGCGCAGUGGAAGGCUGCGCACCUCUCCCUCUCUCUACUUUGUGCAGUAGCGGUUUUCGUUCUUGGAUGGAUCGGCAAGCCGGGUCGAUCAUCGUUGCGUUGGAGGCUUUGUGAAGUUCUCCCCUCUCUUUCCCCUUUCUCCCUUCCCUUCCUCUUCUCGUUCCUGUUACUCGGUUGUUGACUACGCUUCAGCCACUUCUCCUUUUAUUCCUAAGCCGUGUGUUGGAUUCCGUCAAAUAGAUCGUUCGUUCGCGUUGGUCAAGAUCUACGGCAUGGAUCGGGAAGAAAGGUCGCUCGUUUUUUUGGUCAAUAUCCUUGCGUCAAGGCGAGGCUUGUUUCGUUGUAUUGGAUCGUUUUCGCUCGGCCCCGACGGCUCAACAGCCAGCACUCGAGACUCAGCCAAGGGAGGACAUCAGGCGCUGUCGGGGUGACGAGUAG